AUGAAUAAUUCUCAGGAAACAAAAGAAGAAGGAAAGUUGCCCCAAACUACUGUCGUUAUUGAGGAAGGAAAAAUACCCGACAAAAUAGAAGAAAUUCCAUUCUAUACCGUAAAAGAACUUCCAGAAAAACUCUGUAUAUCUACAAUUACAGAUGAAGGCGUUAAAAAGAAUGUAACUCAAACAAAAAGAGUUAUUGAAGCUAGAAAGUCAGGAAAUAAAGAAGAAGUAACUGAAAUUGUAACUACUGAAGUUGAAGGUAAAAUGCCUGAAACAUCAAUAACUGUCCGAGAAAUGCCAAGAAGCACAGAUAGUGAUGUAGAAGAACUAUCAUUCAUUGUAGAAGAACUUCCAGUAGAGAUACAAGAAACUACUAUAAAUUACAGAGGAGUGCAGAAGAAAAGGGUCGAAAAGAAAAGGACUACUCGUAGAGAAAAAGCUGAAAAACAAGAAGUCACUCAAAUUGUUAAUGUAAAAGAAGACGGCAAACCUAGUAAAACAACUGUAUUAGUUCAUGAAGAAGCCCUACCUGUAGAAGAAAAACCCAUAACAGAAGAAUAUCCAGAAGAAGUUCAAGAAAUUGAAGUAUUUGACAAAGGAGUUGUUAAAAAACAGACUUUAAGAAAACGCACGAUAAGAAAACGCAAAGGGCAGCAAAGACGAAACAACUGA